AUGGUUGCAGUAGGUGCAUUGGGCGCAUUGGGCGCAGUGGGUGCAUUGCUUGCAAUGGUUGCAAUGGUUGCAGUAGGUGCAUUGGGCGCAGUGGGUGCAUUGGGCGCAGUGGGUGCAAUGGUUGCAAUGGUUGCAGUGGUUGCAGUAGGUGCAUUGGGCGCAGUGGGUGCAGUGGGUGCAUUGGUUGCAAUGGUUGCAAUGGUUGCAAUGGGUGCAGUGGUUGCA